AUGGACACGAAUAAGUUUGACUCAUACACCACUACGGCUACCAUCACCAAAUUUCUUGUAGAUAUACAAGAUUAUAUUGGGAAGGACAAACUUAUCAUCUACUCUAACCCUGUUGGGUUUAAAAAUAAGAAGAAUGAGCAGGCAAAUACCAGUCAACGUGAAGCAUGUCAAAGAUCCCAAGAAAAGAAAGGAGUUCGUACAAGAAUAUACACUGCGUUUCAAGACCUGUGCUCAAUCUCUCGAGAUCCUCAGGGCGCUCUCACCCAAUGGUGUGGUUCGGUGUUUAUGCAGGCAAAGGGUUUCACUUGGUUUAUUUCCAACAUCGGAGUUAAUCGACAAAAAUACUUUCACGAAAGAGGAGUUUCCCAGGUUGUUACCGUCACUAUUUUACCUUUACCGACGCACAACUCAUUAUAA